GUGUGGUAACCAGAUUGGUCAUGAGGUGUUUAACACUAUCUGCAGUGACGUCCGUGGCACACAUGGGUUGUGUUCCAAGAAGGAGAAUGAAUCCUACCAUGAUGCUUGCAAGGAUCGUUUUUUCAGUGGGGAGGAAUCUGAAGGUACAGCAGUCAGGUGUUUGUUUCCCAGAGAGUGUCUGAUUUCCAGCUUUGUACAGAAAUAAUAAAGUCUUUUACUUCCAGCUGAGGAAUGAGUUUUACCUUCAGCCUUGAAGAAUUGUCACAACCCUCUGCCUUCACAACACUGCUAACAAGCAUGGAGGCAAAAUUAGUCCAGCAAAGUGAGGCCACAGAGCAAGUCUGCCAGUAACACAGUGGGAAACUGAGCUUAUGGACAUAAAUAACCUUCCUUCCAAUCAUCUGUGGUUUCUACUGUAGAUAGAUUAUAUGAUGGAGGAGGGCCCAGAGUGUCCGAAUUUAGUGUUACAAGCACACUCUGCUUUCUUUCCUAAAAGAUCAAUGGUCUAGAGUUCAGAAUUGUCUUUAGAACAAUAGAUGGCUUUCCAGAAAUCCAGGACAUUGCCAAGUCAUCCUUUCUGUACCUGCCUGUGCUGUCCCAUUCAGUUAAUAGUUUGGCUUAUCUGGGUGGGAGGAAUACAGUCUGGGCUGUGGUGCAACCCUGUCCAUCUUACAUGAACAAGUUCUAAUACUGGCACAUCAUUCUUAGUUUUGUUUUUCUUCCUAUCCAGUACCUGUUGCCCGAGCUGUGCUGGUUGACAUGGAACCUAAAGUAAUCAGCCAAACGUUAUCCACAGCUGCCAGGUCUGGCUUCUGGAAAUACGAUGAUCGGUCGCACUUCUGUCAGAAGCAAGGGUCUGGGAACAACUGGGCAAAUGGGUAUGAACAAUUAUUUCAGCUUCACUAAGAGAACUGCAGAGGUUAAUGAGCUGUCUAGACUCUCGUGGAGUGGUACUGUUGCAGCUGUGUGAGGCAGAGUAGGUACCGUUAACUUGAUUUGUUUAUAAAUUAGAAUAGUGGCAAAUAUAUAGUGGCAGAAUUUCUAAACUGCUUUUUGCAAAGUGAAAUUGGUAUUUACGGUGAAAAUGUAACAUUUCAGAACAGAGUGAAUAUAUUUGAUUUAAGAAUAAGAAACAAUAAGCAGAGUUUUUAAACGGUUGUUUUGCAAAAUGACACAGGUGAGGAUUGUUUACUGCAGAUAGAAUGGGUGACUUAAAGCCAGGUUACAUAAGUAAUAUUAAGAAAAGUAUACUUUGUGAACUAGCUUCACCUUACUGCUUUUAUUUUAAUAUAACCUGCCAUGUCUCGCUGUUUUGUUUUUUAUUCAACAGUUAUUCUGUUCACGGGCCUAGACACAAAGAAGUAAUAAUGAAUCUGGUGCAAAAAGAGGCAGAGAAAUGUGACCGACUCGGUGGAUUUUUCACAAUAAUGAGUAUGGCCGGUGGUACAGGAUCUGGCCUGGGAGCAUUUGUGACCCAGUGUUUAAGAGAUGCUUUUCCAAGCUCAUUUAUACUAAACCAUAUUAUCUGGCCCUAUGGCACUGGUGAGGUGAAUAAUGUACUUGCCAGAGGUCAUUGUUCAAAAUUACAACUCUGUUUUGACUCUGUCACAUCUGUACCAGUCAUCAGAUGCCCUUCUUGUUCAUGAGAAUGAUGUCAUCCACAAGAUCUGUGCUCAGCGCAUGAAUAUUAAACAGAUCUCCUUCAGGGAUGUAAAUCAAGUCAUUGCCCAUCAGCUUGGGAGUGUUUUCCAGCCUACUUACACAGCAGAAUGUGGCUUACACUACAGCAGAAACCCACUAGGAGACUUAAUGGAGACGUUAGUUCCGCAUCCUGAAUUCAAGAUGUUGGGUCUUCGUAACAUACCGCAGAUGCCUGAAAACUCCCUCGCUUAUAGCACAUUCAGUUGGCCUGGACUCAUCAAACAUUUAAGGCAGAUGCUCAUUGCGAAUGCUAAAAUGGAGGAAGGUAUUGAUUGGCAAGUACGGCCACCACAUCCAGGCUCCUCUGUCCCCUCCAGUCAUUCCACAAACAAGCCACUGCAUUUCAAUACUUCCAUUGCCAACCUGGUCAUCCUGCGAGGAAAAGACGUGCACAGUGUAGACUUAGGAAGUUUCCGAGAUCCCUCAUUAUAUACAUGCUGGCUAAAUCCUCAGGACGCUUUUAAUGCAUGGAAAACUCCAAGAGCAUUUAACAAGUAUGAGAAGUCUACUUCUUUGGUCAGCAAUAGCCAGUUCCUGCUGAAACCUCUUGACAAUGUUGUAGGAAAAGCUUGGAAUAUGUUUGCUUCAAAAGCCUAUAUUCACCAAUACACUAAAUUCGGAAUCGAAGAAGAGGAUUUCCUGGACAGCUUCACAGCUCUGGAACAGGUUAUCUCCAGUUACACCAACCUUUGAUUUUUUUUUUAAGUGGUCUGAAAUGGAGCUCUCCUGAAAGGACGCAACACUGGACAGCCUUCCAUCAGCUUCCUGAAGUAUAUAAAUUACUGGACUGUAGCUAUUUUUUCAGUCUUGUAAGCAACGUGUGUGUUAGAAUAGUAAGAACAGGAAUAUACUCAUACAGGUAUUACUAAUAAUAUAAUAAAUAGCUAUUUUUCAAUACAUUUGCUACGUGCUGUAGUUAAGUCUUUGAACAUAAUUUUUGGCACUGAGGUAUUUUUCAUAAAAAAUGUCUAUACAGCAGGAUUUCUCCCCAGGCUAAACUCCCAGCAUCUAAACUAUCACGAACUGAUGUGUGGUAAAAAUUAAAUGUGUACUUGACCAGAGUAUAAGGCAUUCCUGAUCCUCCAAUUUCAAAUUUUCAUGAUAACACUUCACCUUAAUGCUUCAAUAUUGAUAAAAAUGCAAGUAUUAGAAUUAUUAAUCCAAACUCCAUUUGGGUAUCAUUCAAGAUACAAUAGUGCCCUAGUGGAAGUUUUAAAUCGUCUUUUUUAAAAAAGGUAUGAAGGGGUUCUUCGUUUUUAUGUCAUCUUCAAGUUAUAUUAGAGAUUAUUGUUAAUUUUGUGCUUUUCUGGCCAUUUCAUUGUACUGUGUUUUCAAGUAAUGU